CUCGAGUCCCGAGCUGGCCCCGGGCGAGCGUCGGAGUGGCCCCAGCCCGUCGGCCCCCGCGACCAGCGGCGCUGGGGCAUGUAGCUUCGGGCGCGCGAUGCGCGUGCGGCACCUGCAGCAGCACCUGACCGAGCAGGACCUGGUCGGCGCGGAGAAGCUCGAGGCGCUCACGGGCCUCCGGGUGGGCGUCGACGCGGUGUAUUGGCUCCGGUCGAUCCAGGCGCUGAAGGACCCCUUCGCCGACGCUCUCGGGGGGAUACCGCCCGCGAUCUUCGGGUCCGUCGACCGGGAGCUCGAGUGGUUUUCGAAGUAUGGCAUCACGCCCGUGUUCGUGUUCCAGGGCAUGUCCCCUGGGCCUCCGCACUCGAUGUUCUCCAGCAGGGUGGAGCGCCAGAUGGAGAUGGCGUGGACCUACCUGCGACAGGGGCGCAGGAGCGAGGCCCAGAAGUGCUUCGCCGUGUCCACGAGCCGGAUCAACGGCGACUUCGUGUACUUCAUAUCACGCAUUCCACCACCUGCGCUUCAAGGGCUUCGAGGUGUUCCAGGCGCCGUACCUGGCGGGGGCGCAGCUCGCCCACUUCAUGCGGCAGAGGUUGGUCGACAUGGUGUUCGGGUCCUCAGGCCUGCUGCUGUACAGCAUUCCGCAGGUCAUCAUCUUCAUGGACUGGGCUCGGUGCAAGUUCGACUGGGUGUCGCUGGAGGCCGUGCUCUUCAAGUGGAAGCUGACGAUGGACCAGUUCAUCGACAUCUGCAUGCUCGCGGGCACUGAGUACUGCCUCACCUACCCGUACCUCGACCACGGAGGUCAAUCGGCGCUCAAUUCGCGCUUCAAUAUGGAGGGGGCCAUACAGCUGAUCAGGCAGGCACCGUUCAUCAAUUGGAUGACGGGCUUCCCGUCGGACGAGAUGCGGGUCGACCACUUGAACAGCUAUUGCAUCUGCAAGCUGCUGGUGCACAGCUCGCCCAUCCUGCACAUGCGGGAGGCGGACGUGCGCCCCAUCGACGAGACCCAUUGGCACGGGCACGGCCGCGGCCACGAGAUGGGCGGCAAGGGCGGCCGUGCUGGCCUGGUCCCGCACGACAUGAGCGCCAUCAUGGGCGAUGUGCUCCCGGAGAAGCUUUAUUUCCUGUUGGUCUACGGCAUCAUCUCGUUCAAGCUCCCCCAGGCGCUUGCCAUGGGGGAGUGGCUGGAUAAGACCCAGCCCCUAGUGGACACCGCGGAGUUCCGGGGGCUCAUCAUGGAACUCCAGGACUACAGGCAGCUCGCCCUCGGCCUCGUUGCCCAGCACUUGAACACCUGCUACAUGAAGAAGACCAUCACGUGCAAGGCUUUCUGGGAGCCUCUUAGGCCCUCCACAGGAGAGAGGGUAAUGCAGCCGAAGAAGCCGAAGAAGACCCUGCGCUGGCGGAUCCGGAAGGAGGACGUGGAGGCCGAGAUGGCGAGGCAGGACGUCUGUAGGAUCGAUCUGAAGUUCUGCCUCAGGUGGCACGCGAACGAAUUCGCCAACGAGGGGCAGCUCUUCCAGAACCUCACCAAAUUCGGCGAGUCCCAGUUUACGCCGGACCUGCUUUCUCUGACGACUCUGGUCCACUUCAUGCUCUUGGAGCACCUGGAGCUGAUCGGGGACGACGGAGGCAUCACCCACCUGGGCAACGUCCUUAAGGACGUCAAGUCGGCGCUGCAGGAGCCGGUGCUUGUCGCGAUGGAGCUGAUGAAGUUCGGGGUGCUCACGGCAGAACCGUUCGAGCCCGCGCAGCCCGACAGGCCGUUCUCCGACCAGGUGGGCUACCCCAGGAUGCCGAUCCCCUCCAACAUCAGGUCCGAGUUCCUGCUCAGCCGGGUGAUGUCCCUGCUCCCCAUGAGGCUGAAGAGCCACAUGUGGAAUGCCGACGUGGUGUUUGACCUGGCGGCGUUCCACUGCCUCGUGCGGGUGCUCAAGCGCACGCUGCGGCAGAUGACAGAAGCAGUUUUAUCAUCGAUAUUGCUGAAGGAUUUCGACCAGGUGGGCCUGUUGCCUCCAGGAUUUAUGUGUGCGUCACGUCUGCGCAAUGACCCCGCGAAUACACCAGCCGUUCUUCCAACGUUCAUGGUACCGAGGGCAUGUAUGGGUAUAGUCGCCCUAUACUUCCUGAGCUACAAUAAGAGCCCCCAAGAGUUCGAGUCGGACCUCAUCGCAAGCUUCCCGUGCUGUCAGCACCCGCUGGCCGACCUCAAGCUGGCCAUCCUGUUCUGGGAGGACCUGAGGCGAUGCGUGAACGAGAUCGCGCAGCCUUUGGGGGCCGAGGACCUGGCGGGGGACGUGAAGGCCGCCAGCGAGAUGCUGGCGGGGCAGCAGCGCCGCCUGCAUGUGUUCCCGGACCAGGAGGACCUGGACGCGGCGAACGGCCUGCCGCUGAAACCCAGCUCGCAGCCGCCGCCGGGGCACCCGCACCCGCAGCAGCCGCAGCAGCAGCAGCAGCAGAGGCCGCAGCACCAGCCCCAGCAGGCCCGCCAGCAGCCAAUGCAGAGGGAGCACCACCAGCAGCACCACCAGCAGGUGGCGCAGCAGCAGCACCACCAGCACGCGCGGCAGCACCAACAGCAAACGCCGCAGCAGCAGCAGCAGCAGCAGCAGCAGCAGCCACGCGGGGGCCAGCGGGGAGGCGGCCGGCCGCAGCACGGCGGCGGCGGCGGCGGCCCGCAGCAGCACGGCGGCGGCCACGCCCGCGAUGCGCACCGGGGCGGCCACGCCCGCGAGCCGCGGCAGGGCCACGCGCCGCACGGCGGCCAUGGGCAGCAAGGCCAUCGCGCUGGCGACGCUGGCGGCGGCGGGCACCGCCAGGGAGGAGGCGGCCCGCAGCGGGGCGACGGGCGGGGCUGAGAGCCCCGGCUCAAUUGCGCGCGGGCAGUGACGCGCCCGCCUGGGCCAGGAGUGUUGCCGUUGCUGCCCCCCCAUCCAGCUCCGUCUCUUUCGCGGCGCUGGUGCGCUCGUUCUCUAUGUCUCCUUCUAACCCCGCCCCUCCUGCGAAUAACGCUUGUCGGAGCUUGGUGGUGCAUGGCCUCAGGAGGCCAAGUCGCCCAGUAGCCCGGCGAAUACAUUUGUCCACGCGAUCGGAUUAGCUGGUCGGUCCUCGCGAUUGCCCCGUCGCACGGCGGCCGCGCGUGCUCGGAGAGGUCAUCCGGCGUGCGCGCGAAGGCUCAGCUCAGCCGGCGCGGGGGCCGCCGCAUCGCAGUCUGAUGUUCAACCAGUACGACCCGUCGUCCGUGUCAGGGUAUGGAUUUCAGAGCCAGCGGUCCCGUUGCGCUUGCGUGGAA